UGAGAGAGCUUGAAGAUAUGAUGUUUCCUAAGGAGAGAGAGAUAGGUAGCAGCAGUGGUUUGGGUCAGGGUGAAGUAGAUGUUAAGAAUUUGAGCUUCUUCAAGAUCUUUCAGGGUGAUGACUUAUCCUCUGAAAGCAUGAGAGCGUUUCCUUACGACUUCAUAAGAAACGUCCCACAAAACGACUACUCCAGUAACAUGGUGAUAAGGACGCAGUGGGGGAUCUCAUGGGAAGUAAAAGUCUCCAUGAACCCAAGAUUCUACUACAUGGAGAAGCGUGGAUGGAACCAGUUUGUGAACGACAAUGCCUUGGGAGAUAAAGAGCUCGUUACCUUCACUCACACUGGACUCAUGUGCUUCAAUGUCAAGAUCUACGAGGAGAAUGGCAAGGAGCUUGUAACACCUAGGAGGCCCCGGACAAUGGCUUCUCUAAGUAAGUGUAGUAGCUUUUGAUGCUUUAAACAAAGAAAAUUGAGAAGUAGGAGAGAGAGCAGCAACAAAGAUGUGAAGAAGAAGGCUGAGGAGACGGGAGGAGUUAGGGUCAAAAGCAAGAGAUUUGAGGAAGGCGAAACAUCCAAGAAGAAGAAGAAGAAGAUGAAGAGCAAUAACGAUGAGGAUACUGUUCCAGUAUUCAACAUCACUAUAAAGACAUCAUACCUCAAGUUCCUGCCAAUCCCAACGUACUUUGCUGACGUGCAUAUCCCGAAAACGUAUAAGAUGGUCACCAUUCACCACUCCAAUGGGAACUGUUCAUGGGAGGUGGUUUGCUUGGUGAGGAAGACAAGGGCAACCUUCUCAAGUGGCUGGGCGAGAUUGGUUAGAGAGUAUCCUUUGUCAGUCGGUGACUUUUGUACCUUAAAGUUCAUCAAACCAACCGAGUUUCACCUUGCUGUCUCCAAGAAGGUCGAAGAGAUCAUGUCUGACUGAUAAAUGAAUGAAAUGUGUUACGUGUCUUUGUUGCUUUCUUAUUAUCCAUAAAGACAAGUUUGAUCACGUUAGGUAUUUGUGAAUGUUUCUCUCUAGCCAAUGCUUAAUGUG